UUGCUGGACUCUAAAGCACAACAGACAGAGUUGGAAUGGAUUUCCUCUCCUCCCAAUGGGUGGGAAGAAAUUAGUGGACUGGAUGAAAACUACACUCCUAUACGAACAUACCAGGUAUGCCAGGUGAUGGAAUCAAACCAAAACAACUGGCUUCGGACUAACUGGAUUGCAAAAAGCAAUGCACAAAGGAUUUUUGUAGAACUGAAAUUCACUCUGAGGGAUUGUAACAGUCUUCCUGGAGUUCUGGGGACUUGUAAAGAAACUUUUAACUUGUAUUAUUAUGAAACAGACUACGACACUGGCAGGAAUAUCCGAGAAAACCAAUAUGUAAAAAUAGACACUAUUGCAGCAGAUGAAAGUUUUACCCAGGGUGAUCUUGGGGAGAGAAAAAUGAAACUUAACACAGAGGUGAGAGAAAUUGGACCUUUGUCCAAAAAAGGAUUCUAUCUUGCAUUUCAGGAUGUAGGGGCCUGUAUUGCUUUGGUCUCUGUCAAAGUCUACUACAAGAAGUGCUGGUCCAUCAUUGAGAACUUAGCUAUUUUUCCUGACACAGUGACUGGCUCAGAGUUUUCCUCUUUAGUUGAAGUACGAGGAACUUGCGUCAGCAGUGCAGAGGAGGAGGCGGAGAACUCGCCGAAGAUGCACUGCAGCGCAGAGGGAGAAUGGUUAGUGCCUAUUGGAAAAUGUAUCUGCAAAGCGGGAUACCAGCAAAAAGGCGACACGUGUGAACCUUGCGGCCGUGGGUUCUACAAAUCCUCCUCACAAGAUCUGCAGUGCUCCCGCUGCCCUACUCACAGCUUCUCUGACAAGGAAGGAUCUUCAAGAUGCGAUUGUGAAGAUAGCUAUUAUAGAGCACCUUCUGAUCCACCAUAUGUCGCGUGCACAAGACCUCCAUCUGCACCACAGAACCUCAUUUUCAAUAUCAACCAGACUACCGUGAGUUUGGAGUGGAGUCCUCCUGCUGACAAUGGGGGAAGAAAUGAUGUGACCUACCGCAUUUUGUGCAAGAGGUGCAGCUGGGAGCAGGGCGAAUGUGUUCCCUGUGGGAGUAACAUUGGAUAUAUGCCCCAGCAAACUGGAUUAGUAGAUAACUAUGUCACUGUCAUGGACCUGCUAGCUCACGCUAACUACACGUUUGAAGUUGAAGCUGUGAAUGGGGUUUCUGACUUGAGUCGUUCCCAGAGGCUUUUUGCAGCUGUCAGUAUUACCACCGGUCAAGCAGCUCCCUCGCAAGUUAGUGGAGUAAUGAAAGAGAGAGUGCUGCAGAGGAGCGUGGAGCUUUCCUGGCAGGAACCAGAGCAUCCCAAUGGAGUCAUUACUGAAUAUGAAAUCAAGUAUUAUGAGAAAGAUCAAAGGGAGAGGACCUAUUCAACAGUGAAAACCAAGUCCACUUCAGCUUCUAUUAAUAACCUAAAGCCAGGAACAGUGUAUGUUUUCCAGAUUCGUGCUUUUACUGCUGCCGGUUAUGGAAAUUACAGCCCCAGACUAGACGUUGCCACACUAGAAGAAGCCACAGCCACGGCUGUUUCCAGUGAACAGAAUCCUGUUAUUAUCAUAGCUGUGGUUGCUGUGGCAGGAACCAUCAUUCUGGUCUUCAUGGUGUUUGGAUUCAUCAUUGGGCGGAGGCACUGUGGCUAUAGCAAAGCUGAUCAAGAAGGGGAUGAAGAGCUUUACUUUCAUUUUAAAUUUCCAGGCACCAAAACCUACAUUGACCCUGAAACCUACGAGGACCCAAAUAGAGCUGUCCAUCAAUUCGCCAAGGAGCUAGAUGCCUCUUGUAUUAAAAUUGAGCGUGUGAUUGGUGCAGGAGAGUUUGGUGAAGUGUGCAGUGGACGUCUAAAGCUUCCUGGCAAGAGAGAUGUUGCAGUAGCCAUAAAAACUCUGAAAGUUGGCUACACUGAAAAGCAAAGGAGAGAUUUCCUGUGUGAAGCAAGCAUCAUGGGACAGUUUGACCACCCCAAUGUUGUUCACUUAGAAGGGGUCGUUACCAGAGGGAAACCAGUCAUGAUUGUAAUAGAAUACAUGGAGAAUGGGGCCUUAGAUGCAUUUCUUAGGAAACAUGAUGGGCAAUUUACAGUCAUUCAGCUAGUGGGAAUGUUGAGAGGAAUUGCUGCUGGAAUGAGAUAUUUGGCCGAUAUGGGAUAUGUACACAGGGAUCUUGCAGCACGCAAUAUUCUUGUCAACAGCAACCUUGUUUGUAAAGUGUCAGACUUUGGCCUUUCCAGAGUUAUAGAGGAUGAUCCAGAGGCUGUCUACACUACUACCGGUGGAAAAAUUCCAGUGAGAUGGACAGCUCCAGAGGCCAUCCAGUACCGCAAAUUUACAUCGGCCAGUGAUGUGUGGAGUUACGGAAUAGUGAUGUGGGAAGUAAUGUCUUAUGGAGAACGGCCUUACUGGGACAUGUCAAAUCAAGAUGUUAUAAAAGCAAUUGAAGAAGGCUAUCGUUUGCCAGCACCCAUGGAUUGCCCAGCAGGACUGCACCAGCUGAUGUUAGACUGUUGGCAGAAGGAACGUGGUGAAAGACCAAAGUUUGAGCAGAUAGUUGGUAUUCUGGAUAAAAUGAUUAGAAACCCAAACAGCUUGAAAACCCCACUGGGAACCUGUAGCAGACCAAUUAGCCCUCUUCUGGACCAGAACACUCCCGAUUUUACCACUUUCUGCUCCGUAGGCGAAUGGUUACAAGCUAUUAAGAUGGAAAGAUAUAAGGAUAAUUUCACAGCAGCAGGCUACAACUCUCUUGAAUCAGUUGCCAGGAUGACUAUUGAAAUCAAAAACAUGCCAGGUGCUUUGCAAAACAGAGAACAAGAAAAAUCCCUUUCCAGAAGAGAUGACAGCCUGAAUAGAAAUGACAUAAUGGCAGGAGACAAAGGAAGCAGAAAGGGGAAGCAAAACAAGAGUUAUAACCAUAAGAUCAUGAGAUUGGUUUGGAGGCACAGUGAACGCUAUGAGGCAUUUUUUUAA